GCAGUUGAUAUUGUUACGCAGACGGAUUUGGAUGUUGAAGCGUUCGUGAAGGAUGAGAUUAACAGGAAAUAUCCGGAUCACAAGUAUGUCUUUCUCUUCCUUUCCUCUUUCCUCGUCGGAUGGACUUGUGGGUUGGGGUUGAGCUGAGUGAUGGGACAUGAGACAAAGGAGGUUGAGAUGAAUGAAAGCAAGACUUACAAACCCCCCAGAUUCAUCGGCGAAGAAACCUACUCCUCCGGCUCCUCAAAACAAUACCUGAUAGACAACUCACCAACCUGGGUUGUGGACCCCUUGGACGGAACAGUAAACUACACGCACCUAUUCCCCAUGUUCUGCGUUUCGAUCGGCUUUGUCCUCUCCGGUGUCCCUAUCAUCGGAGUAAUUUACCAACCUCUCCUCGAUACCGCUUAUUCUUCCUUGGUAGGAUAUGGAGCGUGGCAAGAUGAUGCGAGUGAAAAGAAAGAGAGGAAGAGGUUGCCGUUGGUUAAUAGUCCGAAGGCGGUGUUACCGAAAGAGGCGCCGAAAGGUUGUAUUUUUAGCUGUGAGUGGGGGAAGGAUAGGAGGGAUACGCAGGGGGGAAAUAUGUGGAGGAAGGUAAAUAGUUUUGUGAAUAUGGCGGCUGAGAUUGGAGGGCGUGGGGGAAAGGGAGGCAUGGUUCAUGGCGUAAGGAGUCUGGGAAGUGCGACGCUCGAUCUUGCCUACGUAGCAGCGGGAUCCUUUGACAUCUGGUGGGAAGGUGGAUGCUGGGAGUGGGACGUCGCAGCUGGGAUUGCGAUUCUGAGGGAAGCCGGGGGGCUCAUCACAUCAGCCAAUCCCCCGCCGAAUCCUGAGACCGACCCCAUUGAGGAGGUCAGACUAGGGAGUAGGCUGUAUUUGGCGAUUCGACCGGCGGGGGAUAGUGAUGGGGAGACGGGCAGGAAAGCGCAAGAGAGAGUGGUGAGAGAGACGUGGAAGAGGGUUCAGGGGCUGGAUUACUCACGGCCUGGGGCCUAAAGGAAUGGGUUGGAGGCUUGAUAUGUUUAUAGAUUGUUAAUUAAAAAAAACCUGAACUCCGUGCUAAAAUAUCC